CUCAGCGUCUUUGUACCGUUCCCUUUCUCUGAGCAUUCAAUCAACUUUAAGCGCUGUACUGAGUAUGUUGGAGCACAAUUACAUGACUCUCAUUGAAUACCAUGAGCAAUGCCUGAGGCCGCCGCGAUGAGGUCAGCACCGGAAACCGAUCAUCAGCUGUGCCCUUUCCCCGGACUCCAGCAAUUAUUUAUACCUCUGUUCCAUCCGGUAGGAUACAGCGCUGAUGGCCUCUUCUCUCGGCUGUCACGAUGAACACGCGACAAUUCAUCGAUGAGUCGGUAGGGCCGUUGUCCCUGUCGGCCUCCUUCAACAACGACAAUACAUGUUUCGCCGUGGGCCUGGACUCGGGCUUCUGUGUCUUCAAGACCGAUCCAUGUGAGCUCACGGUCUCAAGAGAUUUCAACGCCGGCAUCGGUCUGGUGACCAUGCUGGGCCAGUCGAAAUACCUCGCAAUCAUUGGCGGAGGAAGACAACCCAAGUUCCCUCAGAAUAAGUUGGUGAUCUGGGACGAUGCGAAGCAGAAAGCAGCCAUCACACUCGAAUUCCGUACCUCGGUCCUGGGCGUCCGCUUGUCCAAGUCGCAUAUAGUCGUCGCGCUGCUCAACAGUGUCCAUGUCUUCGCCUUCUCGAUUCCUCCGCGGAAGCUCUCGGUCUUCGAAACGACGGAUAACCCGGCCGGCCUGGUGUGUCUGGGUGAGAAGCUACUCGCUUUCCCCGGGCGGUCGCCUGGGCAGGUUCAGCUGGUUGAACUCGAGACGGGCAAUGUCAGCAUCAUUCCUGCACAUGCCAAUCCCCUGCGGACAAUGACUCUGAGUUUGGAUGGCGAGCUUCUGGCCACGGCAAGUUUCCAGGGCACUAUGAUUCGAGUCUAUUCUACCAGUAACUGUACGAAGAUUGCGGAGGUACGCCGCGGGGUGGAUCCAGCAUUGAUAUAUUCGAUCGCUAUAUCACCUUCGAAUACUCGGUUCGCCGUGACAUCCGAUAAAUUGACCCUACAUGUAUUUCAACUCCCUCCCACACGCAACGGUCUCCAGCGAUCGCAGCUGGCGAGUGUGCCCAAAGAAGAAGGGCCAACUUCGAAGUGGGGAUUCCUGGCGAAGAUCCCCGGGCUUCCCGGAUUCUUAUCUGACAUAUAUUCAUCCGCCACUGCACAUUUCGAGGUUGGCAACGAAGCGCCAUCCGGACCAGCUCAAAUCCCACCCCUGGGAAACUCGCUUGGGGCACCGACCAAGGGUAUCAUCGGCUGGCCCGAUGACACAACGAUCCUAGUCAUUGGUUCAGGUAGAGAUGCCCGAUGGGAGAAGUUUGUUCUCCACGAGGAUGACGACGGCAAGCUGUAUUGUACCAGAACGGGCUGGAAGAGGUACCUGGGAGGUGGUUAAAGGGAGCCUGUCCGUUCAUUCCUGAGAGGAGCUCCAUCAAUCCUCUUGAUUUGCUACCCCCACCCUUCUGCAUGGGCAAAUUUCCACCAUCCUCGUGGUAGCCAAAGCGCAGAACAGUCUCAGAAAGCAGCCCAUCGAUGCGUCUGUAGAUCAGAAAUCGCAUAAACAUCUGAUUUUCCUGGUGAAUUUUGGAACAAUCGACAGAAAUUGGCUAUGGACGAGCGAGCGGAGAGGCUUUGGCAUUUGCUUGUUGGCGUUUUUCAUCGCUUUGGAUAGACCUUAUCUUGAUUACUGAGUAGUAUAAUUUUUAAUCAGACCGCCUUGCUUCAG